GAUUCGUAUGAAAGCAAUUUUCCUGCACAUACUACAGAGGAAUCCGUGUUGGGUCAUCCCAAUCCUUCUUUUCCACCUGGUAGUUUUAUGUCAAUGCUUGCCAGCUUCUUGGAAGAUGCCCUUGCAGUCAAAGUAAAAACUGAUGGCAUUGAUAUUGGAGGAAAUAUAAUAAAACCUGAAGAUGGAAGCACUCAAGUGCACUUGUACCUGUCUGUCUUCAGUCAAGAAGCGAAGGCAUAUUUAAUUGCUGAUGCUGUGGUAUCCUUUCUUCUGGAGAGGUUGGGUAACCUCUUGAUUGAUGAAACCACACUGUUAUGGAGUGUACGGGAUCAGGUCCAACAGAUGCAAACCGAGCUAAAACGGAUACAAAAAGAAGGAGAAGGAACUAGCUUAGCAUUUGAGAGGCAGAGGCAGCUCAGGUGGUCUUAUUCCCAUGUUGUUGAAGAGUAUAUUGUCGGUUUUGAUGAAGAUAUAAGGCAACUGAUAGCACAGCUGGUGAAUGAAGAGAAAUACAGAGUUGUGUCUAUCUGUGGUAUGGGUGGUCUGGGAAAGACCACCAUGGCAAAAGCUGUUUAUCAUCAUGGUGAUAUAAGGAGACACUUUGAAGGGUUUGCUUGGGCAUAUGUGUCGCAGCAGUGCAAAAGAAGAGAUAUUUGGGAGGGGAUUGUGCUGAAACUUAUCAUUCCAUCCAGGGAGGAGAGGGAGGAAAUUUUAAGAAUGAGAGAUGAAGAUUUGGCAAAGAAGCUUUUUAAAGUUCAGAAGGAAAAGAAGUGUUUGAUUGUUAUUGAUGAUAUUUGGAGCACCGAGGCAUGGUCUACUCUUAGUGCUGCUUUUCCAAAUGAAACUGCUUCUGGUAGCAAAGUACUGCUUACAACACGCAACAAAGAAUCGGCUUUGAUUGCUGACCAAGAGGGAUUUGUUCAUGAACCAGACUGUUUGAAUGAAGAAAAGAGUUGGGAGUUAUUCCAAAGAAAAGCAUUUCCAAGGAGAGGCGAUUCAGACUUCGGAAUCAACAAAGAUAAGGAGAAGGUAGGGAGAGGAAUGGUUGGAAGCUGUGCAGGUUUACCACUGGCCAUUGUUGUGCUUGGAGGGCUUUUGGCAACAAAAGAAACAUUGAGUGAGUGGGACAUGGUGAACAGAAAUAUCAGGUCAUAUUUGUCCAGAACUAAAGGCCAUGAACAAGCAAGAUUAUCUGAGGUAUUGGCGUUAAGUUACCAUGAAUUGCCUUACCAAUUGAAACCAUGCUUCCUCUAUUUGAGUCAGUUCCCUGAAGAUUUUGAUAUACCAACUAAAAAGUUAGUUCAGCAGUGGGUGGCAGAAGGCUUUGUCUUCCCACAGGAUGAGAUAGAAGGAGAUGAAACAGUGGAAGAUGUUGCAGAAGGCUACCUACAUAGUUUGAUCAACAGGUGUAUGGUUCAAGUGGGAGUGAGGGGUUCAAUUGGAAAAAUCAAAACUUGUCACCUGCUUGACCUUAUGCGUGAUCUUUGCUUGUUGAAGGCACGACAAGAAAGUUUCAUGGACAUAAUUGACCACUGGUUUGGGAAUGAGACCCUCGGUGCUUUUUCAUCAUCCAAUGAAACAAGAUCAAUCAGAAGAAGUCGCAGGCUUUCGAUUCUUUUGAGGGAAGAUGUUGAUGAUCUUACUUUGCCACAAUACAAAAAAAAAUCCCAACCUGAGUUCAAAUUGCUUAAAGUCUUGGAUCUUGAAGGAAUUAAAGGACCUAAGGUGAAGUUACCAGCAGGUAUAGGAACUAUGACACAGCUGAGGUUCUUAAGUAUAAAGAAAACUCUUAUAAGAGAGUUACCAUCAUCUCUGGUCAAUCUGGUGUUGUUGGAAACCCUGAAUUUGCAAACCAUAAAUAAGUUUUCUUGGGAAUCAACUGUACAAUUGCCAGAUGUAUUAUGGAAGAUGGUAUGGUUGAGACAUCUAUAUCUUCCAAAGUGGUGUGGUGAUGUAACUGAUAAGUUGCAGCUGGCAAAUUUGAUCAACUUGCAGACCCUUGUGAACUUUCCUGCUAACAAAUGUGAUGUUAAAGAUCUUCUCAGGUUGACCAAACUCAGGAAACUUGUACUGAAUGAUGCCAGAUACUUUGGAAACUUUGUCAAAAUCUUUGAUCCUCUAAGAAACACAUUAAACUUCCUCAUGUCCUUGUCUUUGAAGACUGAUAUUCUCUCCUUUCCUGAUAAGGUUGUUGAUCUAAGGCAGCUAUUAUUAGGCUGUCCUUGUCUUUGCAAGCUGCACAUAGAAGGGCGGAUAGAGAACCUACCUGAGUACCAUGAGUUCCCUCCCUGCCUUGCCAAGUUAACUUUGUGGGGAUCUAGGCUUCAGGAAGACCCAAUGAAGACUCUGGAGAAGCUGCCAAACUUAAGAUACUUUAGUGGGUGGGAAGUGUUUGUUGGAAAGAAAAUGGUUUGCUCAAGAGAAGGUUUUCCCCAACUCAAGAUAUUGCUCCUUCGUGGCCUUCCCAAUUUAGAGGAGUGGACAGUGGAGGAAGGAGCCAUGUGUAGUCUGGCUCAUCUAGGAAUUUCAGAUUGCUAUAAACUAAAGAUUGUUCCUGAAGGCAUGAUGUUCAUCACUACUCUUAAGGAACUGGAGAUUCGAUGGAUGACUAGAGCAUUCAAAAGUCUGCUUCAAGAAGAUGGAGAGGAUUUCUACAAAAUCCAGCAUGUGCCUUCUAUUGUAUUUCUAAAUUGAGAAGGGUGAUCAUCAGGAAGGAAACUGAGAGAAGGACAUGGAAUUGUAAGUUCUCAGCGUGCUGUACUUCUAGUUUUGGAAUUGUAAUCCAUACUUCAGAUCGUGAAGAUAAAUUUUUUUUUCACCAUGUUAAAGACUAAUGAAACAGUGCAGCAAGGUUAUUGUUCACAUCACUGUUCUUGUCCAGUUCAGUUUCAUUAAGUUGCUGAGAAGUUUCUUUGUUGAUUUUCAAAUGUGAUCUUCUUGUAUCUUUGAUGUUAAGUGUUUCAUCUCAGUUUAUGGCUUUACUUUAAUUGUAUACAUGUAACAUGCUCCUUGUUUUGGGGUUUAUGUAUUAUUAUUCGAAGGUAGUAGGUGAAUGUAAAAGACUAGUCAUACAAAACAUGUCUGUAUUGAUGAAAAACGUCUGGAAAUCAAUGGAAAAACCUGAGCAUCAUCUUUAGCUCAGUUUAUGUUAUUUUGCCAUUUCAUGGCAGUUUCAUUUCAUCAUUUUGCAGAUUCGAGGAAAACUUUGAAUAACAGCCUCAAUGUAGUAAGCAGCUUCUCUUAUUUCUGAAACCCAAUUCCGAACACUCUCGUCUCCAUCGUGCCUCUUGUCUACAUCUUUUAGAAAGCACUGCAUCAGUCUUAGCUCAGUUUGCAUCUGCUGGAGUCAAUCCAGCAUGCUCCACAACAGCAUGACUUCCUCAAUCAGGAGGAUACACAAACCUUUCUAUAGGAAAGGGUACCACAGCACCUGCCAUGUAAUUGUCUUCUACUUCUUGGAUCAAAUUCUAGUGAGUUUAAGCACCGGUGUGAGUCAUUUUUUUUAGGUUCUAACUCCCUUUGUGAAAAGUCAAUAAUUUUUGUUAGGUAAC